AUGGCUUUGGAAACAAAUGCUGCCAAGCAUGUUAUGAAUGCUCCAGAAACCCUUGUAUCUGAUAGUAUCAAAGGCCUAUGCUAUGCAAAUCCACAUUUGCGUCUACUUGAAAAAGAAAAAGUUGUCUACUACGCCAAUGUGGAUGAAAUGGCGUUAAACCAAGUGACCCUUAUUUCAGGUGGUGGUUCAGGUCAUGAACCUGGUUACGCAGGGCUCAUUGGUGAGAAUUGUCUUGCAGCCAAUGUCUCUGGCCAUGUAUUUGCAUCUCCCAGCUCUAAUCAGGUACUGUCUGCUAUCGAACGAGUCCAGUCCCCCCAUGGCACGCUGGUCAUUAUCAUGAACUAUACUGGUGAUUGCUUGAAUUUUGCACUGGCUGUGGAAAGAGCGAAAACGAGAGGCAUUAAAGUAGAUCUCAUUGCUGUUGGCGACGAUAUUGCUGUGGGUAAAUCCAAGAACAAGAAAGUAGGUAGACGAGGCAUGGCUGCUACAACACUCGCUAUCAAAUUAGCAGGCGCUCUGGCUUCUCAAGGGGCCACUUUGGAGCAAGUGAAGGAGAUCACUCAAUACGCUAUUGACAACUCUGCCACUAUCGGCGUGGCACUUGAUCAUUGCCACGUACCUGGGUCCUCCAGCUUCUCUCAACUAGGACCUCAUGAAAUGGAGAUUGGUAUGGGUAUCCACAAUGAAACUGGUUUUCUCAAGGCAAACAUGAUGCCUGCCAAGGAGCUGGUUGUUAAAAUGAUGGACAUGUUGGUAGAUCAACAUGAUAGUGAUCGAUCCUACUUGAAUUUAUCGGCCGACGAGACCAGUGUGGUGUUGCUGGUCAACAAUUUAGGUGGUAUGCCAAUGGUGGAAUUGAAUCUCGUAGUAAAAGAGGCCGUGGAUUAUAUCACUUCUCACCAACUGAAAUUGGAGCGCGUCUAUGUUGGUCCGUUUGUAACAAGUUUGAAUAUGCCUGGCUUCUCUCUCUCGCUAUUGGUUGUAAAUCACGAUAGAAAUGUGCUGCAAUUGUUGGAUCAACAAGUGCACGUCUCUGGUUGGCCGUCGACUGCUGCUCAAUUCUUCUCUGAUGCCAUCCAUGGCGAUAAUUCUGCUGCCAUCAAAUCCCCUGAACUUGUCAUUGAGGGACAACACGGCCAAGUUUCGAAUCCUCAAGUUAUUAAAAAUGCUAUUCGAGGUGCUACCAAUGCUGUAAUUGCAGCCGAACCUCGUAUUACAGACUACGAUACCAUUUUAGGUGAUGGCGAUUGUGGACAGACACUGAAAACUGCGGCACUUGCUAUUCAAGAGGCCAUGCCUUCUUUUGACCUUACAUCGGCGCCAAAGACUAUUUUAGGCAUUGCUAAUGUGAUUGAGCAUUCAGUUGGUGGCACAUCAUCAGCAAUUUAUUGCAUUUUCUUUAAUGCAUUGGCUAGUGGUUUGUUGGAAUAUGCAAAGCCUUCAGUUGAUGCAUCUGUGUGGGUUCUUGCAGCCAAACAUGCUCUCUCUACUUUGAUGACCUAUACGAAGGCUCGAGUGGGCGAUCGUACCUUGAUGGACACUCUGUGCCCAUUUAUCGAUACAUUAAACAAAGAUGCAGCCAAUGUUGAUCAAGCCGUUCAAGCUGCUCGUGAGGGUGCUGACAGCACAUGCAAUCUGUCUGCAAAAGUGGGCCGCUCAUCUUAUCUUUCAAACAAAGAGGUUCUUGAAUCAGGUAUUCCUGAUGCUGGUGCAUAUGGUUUGGCAGAACUUUUAGAUGGUUUGGUUGGAAGCCUUUAA